AUGCCAUUGCCCGGAGCUACCGGUCGCCCGAAACGACGUCCAAGGCUGGCAAUCCCUUCAUGGAUCCGCAACUUGAAGCGACGCUCCAGAGCACAGGAAGACGACGAGCCUGCCCAGGGAUCGACGACAGCUUCAUCUUCGGGAUCCGCAUGUUCAAUACCCAUCGACCAAGACCAAGUGCUUAUCAGCGCCGACGGCCUCUGCAGCCGGUGCAAUGCCAUCGACUUUGAAGCUGUCUUUGCCUUUCGCGGAUUCCCGCGCGAGCGCUGGUGGGAGGGCUUCAAAGUGUGCACGCUCGAGCCCCUUUUCAUCGACGCCGACUGCUCUCUGUGCCGACUCUUUCGCGCGGUGCGCUAUCUCUCCUCUGACAGAAUCAGCUCAGAGCCAGACUCCAGCGGCGUGGAGAAGGAAAAAUGGCACCUGCGGCUGCUCAACAACCGCGCGAUUUCUGGCGGAGAUGGAUACACGCACCAGCUGCCAGUCCCGGUUGUCGCCGUGGUUGCCGAGGAAGCCGAGUAUUGGAGCUUUUUAGGGAACACACACAACCUGCGCGCCAUCCACAACGAGGGCGCCUUCUUUCUCCUGCAGACCACGCCAGACACCGUCACGCCGCAGGACCGCCCAUAUCUCGCAGCGUCUCCGUUCGACCCAGCCUCUGUCAGCUACGCCCGCAUCCGCGGGUGGCUGAGGCAAUGCGAUUCAAAGCAUGCCGGCGAGUGCCGCCGCCCAAAGUCCAAGCCCAAGAUAGCAGUCCGGUGCAUCGACUGCAUCAGCCCAACACACGAGAUUGUGCAAAUGGACCUGCCCAGAGACGACUACUUUGCCCUGAGCUACGUCUGGGGAGCGCCGUCAGCGUCGACAACCACGACAACACAAGGCGGAAGCGCCGCGAAGGGAAGACUACAGCCAACCGGCAUCCCCGCAGUCGUCACUGACGCCAUGCAAACCGUGGCGAAGCUCGGCAAACGCUAUCUGUGGGUCGACAAGUACUGCAUCGACCAAGACAACCACGACGCCAAGCUCGAGGAGAUCCAAAACAUGGACCAAAUCUACCGCGGCGCCUACGCGACCCUGGUGGCAGCCGCCGGCACCGACGCCAGCUUCGGCCUCGCCGGCGUCAGCCAGCCGCGCACGCGGGACCGCGCGACAGCCCGCGUGCACGACAUGACGCUCGUCGCCGGGCUGCCCCUCCUGCGUGUCGCGCUGGAGCACACGACAUGGGCCACACGCGGCUGGACGUACCAGGAGGCGGUGCUGUCGCGGCGCGCCGUCGUCUUCACACCGCUGCAGGCCUACUUUGUAUGCGGCGCCACGACGGCCGCCGAGUCCAUGGCGUCGGCCAUCGAGAGCGUGGCCGCCGGCAGCAGAACCCCCCAUCACGCUCAAACGGGCCCGGCGCCACUGCUGCCGGCCAGCCACUUCAGCAACUGGUACCCGACGGACCGCAACCCUGCCCGCUACACGCGGUCGGCCAACCGCACGCUCGCCGACCACAUCGCGGCCUACACCAGCCGGCACCUGACGGUCGCCAGCGACGUGCUGCACGCGUUCCGCGGCCUGCUGGCCCGCGCACCCUUCUACAGCUACCACGGCGUACCCGUCCUAACAACCGCGCGAGACAUCGACACCGGCUCCGCCGCCCCGCCGGACCCGGCAUCCCCGCAGGCGUUCACGGCCGGCUUCGCCAUGGGCCUAGCGUGGGAGCCCGCGGAGCACACGCAGGCGUCGGACAGCACUGCUGCGCUCACGCGGCGGGAGGGCGACUUCCCGAGCUGGUCGUGGACGGGCUGGACGGGGCCGGUCGAGUACGCCAACGCGCACCGCGGGUCGGCGGGGCCGCUGCCUCAACCGAGCACACGGCACGCGCAGGUGCAUGUCGAGGUAGAAACGGCCAGCGGAGCGCGCGUGCCGCUGUGGGACCUGCGGCCGGCAGACGGGGCACAGCCGAGGAUGCUGCGCGAGCUGUCGCCGUUUAUCCAUGUCCGGACGCUGAUCAUGCGCGUGCGGUGCAACAACCUGCUGAGGGACCAUCCGCGAAUGAUGGCGGGCGUGUGUACCUGCCACCCUUGUGAGAAGCACAGCUACGUGGGUGACGAGAGGGUGAUCCCAGAAGCGCGCAUCUGGGGAAAUGCGUCGUUUUUUGCGGGGCUCGACGAGGGUGGUGGCGUGCUGCGGCGGACGUGGGACUGUGUGCUGCUGCUGGCGUGCGAGAAGGAGGAGUCGGAUGAUGGGGAGUCGGAUGAUGGGGAGUCGGAUGGAGAGUCGGAUGAUGAGGAGUCGGAUGAUGGGGAGUCGGAUGAGGAGAAUUCGGAUGACGAUUCUGAUGAUUCGGAUGAUGACGAUGAUAAGACUUCACACGAUAGGACAUCAUUGUCAACCGGCAGCGGGAUAUUGCCGUACGACGAGAGGUUGGACGGCGAACACUCAGACAAUGGAGCCUCCGGCGAUGGGAUAGUAUCGGACAGCAAGCGCGCUUUGAUAAACGGGGUUAUAUCCUCGCCUAUUCUGGUAUGGACGUUUCUCAUCGUCUAUUGGGACGGCGAGGCGGCUCGCCGCGUGGGCACGCUCGAGGUAGAGGCAACUGAGGAGCGCUUCUACCGUCAAACCCUCUAUGAACUCAUGGGCGAAGUUAUCGAGACGCUCGACUUCGCAAAGAUUUCCACCGCACUGCAGCAGCACCAGGAGUCCCGGGUCGGCGAGAUCCACAAUCUGAAGCCCGACAGUGUGCGGGACCAUCUCGCCGACAACCUUAGCUGGGUUGCCGUAAGGACAGACGGCAUUGUCAUACCCUGGGAAAAUCUGCCCAAGACCAAGGUGUACAUUCUCAAGGGCAAGGCUGAGCAUUACGACGAGGUCGGGAAGCUGUCCUACUACCACGACUACCAGCCCCUGCCCGAGGUGACGGUCGGCAAGGCGGCUGGUGCCUCGAGGGCUGACUAUGGGCUGCCGGCAGAGGAGUAG